AGAAAUCCGAAUGUUAUGUUAAAUUUUCACUCUGUUUUUCGGAAAAAAAAAUCAACAUAAAAAUAGAUAAAGGAUGCUUUUUCAACGAUUUUUCAUCGUAGCCACACUUUUUUUCUAUUCAUCAUGUAAAAUUGGUGAAGCUAAUUUAUGGUUUUUAAGCCGUUUAUUGAUUGUUGAUCCAAAUCGUAUAUGUAGUAAAGUAAACAGGUUACGUUCCAGACAGGUUUAUAUUUGUAAACGUGAACCAACAAUUAUAUCACAAAUUAUUAAUGGUUCAUUUGAAUCAGUACGUGAAUGUCAAUAUCAAUUUUCUGAUCGUAAAUGGAAUUGUCCAACAAAAAAUAAACGUUCAAUGAGAAAAUUAUUAAGUAAAGAUACAAGAGAAACUGGAUUCGUACAUGCAAUGACAUCGGCUGCUAUUGUACAUAAAAUUGCAACCGGUUGUGCACAAGGUACAAUAAUGGAUUGUUAUUGUGAUGUUAAAACAAAACCAUAUCGUACAUUACAUCCUAAUUUUUUAUUUGCAGAAAAUUAUUGUAAUAAUUAUAUAAAUUAUGCUUAUCGUAAAUCAAAAGAAUUUUUAGAUGAAAAUCUUUGGAAACGUGGUAAUAAUGAUUUUAAAAAUCAAAUUUUAUUACAUAAUUAUGAAGCAGGUAGAUUGUCGGUAAGAAAUUAUCUGGAACAUAAAUGUAAAUGUCAUGGUAUGAGUGGAUCAUGUACAACAAAAACUUGUUGGCGACAAUUACCAAACUUACGUAGUGUAUCCAAUCGACUUAAAUAUAAAUUCGAUUUAGCCGUACAAGUAAUAUCGGAUAAUACGGGUAAACGUUUUUUACCCGAAGACCAGCAUCAUUCACGUUGGCCAAAUCCAGAAGACCUUGUGUAUUCGGAAAAUUCACCAAAUUUUUGUAAUGUUGAUCGUCAAACCGGUUCAUUAGGUACACGUGGUCGUGAAUGUACAAAUAGUACUGGUACCGGUGGUUGCGAUAUGUUAUGUUGUGGACGUGGUUUUCGUACGAUUAUGAAACAAGAAAAUUGUCGUUGCAAAUUUAAUUGGUGUUGUCAUGUUGUUUGUGAAAAAUGUCGACGUCCAAUACAAGUUUGUCUUUGAAGAACAAAUGAAAAAAAAAGUUUUUCAAUUAUCAUCUUUUGCUGAUUCCAAUCUCGACAUU